AUGUACAACGAGAUGAAUAAGGAGCUGCCCGGAACAACCUUACCUGCUCGAUUCGUCAUGUAUACCCAGUUUCUUGUUCAACUGCAACUACGGCUCACCAAAUCCUCAACGUUCGACCGGAACGCCCUGCACGUCUUACGCCGCCGCAUACUUGAUCUUCGGGAAGUGAGGGGCAUUGUUCCACCGGAUCCGACACCACGCGCACUUCUGGGUUGGUAUGAACCAACAGAGUAUGGGGACGAGGAAACGAAUACACAUUGGGCCGAAAAAAUCUUCAGUCGACCUCUCCUGGCAAAAACGAAAUUGCCGAAGAGCAAGCGACCUUGUGAAGCAUUGAGUUCUCUUCAUCGCAUUGGGAAGAUGAGCAUGUCUCCUGAUAUCAAGAUCCUCGUCAAAAGGACCUUUGACCACGGCCGACUCUCGGUGACAUUCCUCCUACAAACUAUACAUGACUACCCCUAUGUGUUCAUCCGGACAGAUCAUGAAGGGCAACCCAUGGUUUCCACGUACGGUGCCCACGAGCUAUGCAUUGAGCGUCGCGACAGUGCAACUUUGCAGUUCACGCGAUGGAGUGAAAGCGAGCAGCGAACCAAGCUUUGGGCGAGUCUUGUCUUCACCAUCUGGGAAGAAAUGAUCUUGUUCCACUGCAUAUUUCUCUGCUUAAAGGCCCGGAGUAUUCUCAGAGAGAACAUCAGAGAGAGCGAGUACAAGCUGCAGGAAGAGGAUGCACUGUUUCAAGCCAAGAUCGUCGAUGACGGUUUCUCCCAUUCUCUUUCUAUCUGCCAUGACUCCCACACCGACCGCAAACGACUUUACGCGACUGUCUUGGACAGUCGAGAGUUGAAGCACUGCCCAGUUUGGACGGCAUUCCUCCCGGUAUCGCAGAAUAGGACCUGGCUAUUCCGCAAAUCGCGACACCGAGUUUGGCUCCGUGGAAUCAGACCCUAUGUAUUUUGCGAGAAGUACCGACCUCGUCAUCAACGGAGGACAGCCGGUGCUUUUGAGCUCUACUUUGUCAAGGAGGAAGCGGCCAAUCGCUUUUUGGAGGUCUUCGAGCUCCCUGAGACAGCAUCCACAAUAAACGAUGCAUCGAGCCAAGGGACUGCGGACCUUUAG